CCUGUAGACCUGUGCGCGAGGGGAAGGAGGACGGAGCGAGGCAGCAAGGGAGGGGUAGCCAGCCACCGACAUAAUUACAAUACACAGCCGUGAACUAUCCGGCGGUGGACUAACCAAGCCAGAGACAUAUCUGCUCCCUCGGCUGAGCUCAGGUACCCUCCUCUCUGCAUGCUGGCUGUCCGUCUGUGGCGCUGAGGGCCACGUUUAAUGGCGUUUGUGAAGUCUUCUCCGGGUAGAAGAGGAGACAUUACGGCGCGAGUUAGCCGGCGUUAGCUCGCUAACAAGCGGGCUGACAUGGCUGUCUAACAGGCUGCCAAAGAUCUCUUCAUGGAUCACAGAGGACAACAAAGAGAAACCGCUGCAUUUGUGAGCAUAGCCAAUCAGUAGGGAAUCUGACACACAAGCAUAUCAUCAGGUUGACUUCAGUGCAUGUGGCCUCUUCAGUUGUUCAUAGACAUUUGUUGGGCAGCCCAAAGGCCUACUGCUAUGCACUAUAAACGGAGAAACAUGAGCUGCGGGGAUGCUGGGAGGAGCAGGCCUCUUUCGUGCAGGACUAUCCCUCUGGUAAUAGGGCUUCUUGCGACCCUGGCCCAGGGCACCGUGCCAGGACAGCAAGAGACACUGGUGGAGAUGAUAUCUGUGGAACUAGAGGCUUCCAUGCAGUCCUCUGUGCUCACUGAGCUCCAGGCUGCGGCGUCUUCAGUUGGUGAAGGGCCGCCCACAGCUGUCCCAGAUUCCUCUGCAAAGAAUGGGGGAGUGCACACCGGGAUCCCUGACUCUUCUGCAAUCGUGGGCCAGGUGUUCCAGUUGAAGGUUCCACCAGGACCUUCCCAUGCAAGCUGUAAUGUCCAUCUCACUGAGAUGGGAAAAGAGACUUUACCCUCCUGGCUAUACUGGGACAAAGAGAGCUGCAUUCUGAGAGGUCUGGCUUUAGAGCAAGAUAAAGGUGUGUAUCAUAUCCUGGUGUCUGGUGAGGAGAUAAUUGAGAAGACUGGCAGCCAAGUGUUCCCCAGUACAGUCUUCUCUAUUGAAGUAUACCCAGAAGAACGGGCAGACACUGAGCCAGCCCUGCUCACUCUACAGUCCGAUAUCAGUGGCCUGCAGCCUUUUACCUGUGGCUCUGAAGAGCCUGUCACUGUCCUCACUGUCAUCUUGGAUGCUGACUUAACAAAGAUGGUUGCUGAACAGAGGGCGAAUUUAUUGGCCAUUAUGAGAAAAUUCUCACACGUGCCCCUGGAGCACAUGAGGGUGGUUCCGGUUGUCAACAACCGAUUAUUUGACAUGUCUGCUUUCAUGGCUGGACCAGGAAAUGCUAAGAAGGUGGUGGAGAAUGGGGCCCUGCUGUCAUGGAAAUUAGGAUGUGCCCUCGAUCAGGGUAGCAUUCCUGACAUUAGCAGUGUCCAAUCCUCGGCAAAGGAUGGGACCAUGUCAGCCAGGCUGGGAUACCCGGUGGUUGGCUGGCACAUUGUAAACAAAAAGCCCCAUGGCGUGAAACGGGUCAGGCGACAGUUGAACAAUACUCCCACCCCAGUUCCCUCCCUGCUUCCUCCGACAGCCCACCAGGAGCCCCAUUCACGAGUUGUUCCCACCCCAACUUCACCCUCUAUUGCCCCAGCAACAGACAUCUCUGUUCCACCUGUCCGAGGCCCCCUGCCUCUUCCAGUGAAGCCUACUAUGAGGGUAAGAGAUCAGAUAGCCCACACCCCUGUCUUUGGACCUCCCCAACCUACCAGAGUACUUGGAACUACUAGCACCAUCCCAAUUCAGCCUACAAUGACCAGGCCUACAUUUGUGGAGGCCACUGCUUUGCCGACGCCACCAAGCACCACCAAGAGACCCAAAACCUCUCCCACAAAGAAACAGAAGAAACCAAAAACCACCACCCCAGCUCCACGGGAGCCAAAGACCACCACUCCUAAACCACCCAGGCGCACAACUCCUCUUACUUUGACUCCAGACUCAAAUCAGGCACCAGGCAUCCGCAACCCCAUUGACCAGGUGACCGCAUGGGUCGGCACAUAUUUUGAGGUUAAGAUUGCUGCCGAUGCAUAUUAUGACCGAGAGGACGGCACUGCUGACAAGCUGCGUUUAACUUUGAAGAAGACGCCCCAAGAAGCUGUGAAUGAAACAUCAUGGAUCCAGUUCAAUAGCACCAUCCAGCUGUUGUACGGCCUUCCAGAAAAGGAUCAUGCAGGGAAGCAUGAGUACUUCAUGUUGGCCACUGAUAAAGGAGGAAAGAGCAUCAUGGAUGCAUUUGAGGUCCAUGUCAAACCUUGGUCUAAUAAUGACAAACCACCAGUUGUGUUUGCUGCCCGUUUUCACGGUGACCCCAAAACUUUAGACAAUGAUGUCCAUAAAAAGAUUCUUUUGACCAAAAGGUUGGCUUAUGCCCUUGGUGAUCGCAACAGCAGCACAGUGACCCUGAGGAGCAUCACAAAGGGCUCCAUUGUUGUGGAAUGGACCAAUAACAGUCUCCCACAGAACAUUUGCCUAAGAGAUCAGAUCACAGUUCUUAGCAACAGAAUCUCUGAUCCCCAGGGGAACCCUAAACCAGCCUUCGUCAAAGCCAUGGGGCCUGAUUUCAAACCCAUUAACAUCUCCGUCCGUGGCACCAACAAAUGCCAGAGCUACACAUUCAUCCCACCGGGAGAGAUCCCUGUCCCUGUUCUUCCUACAGCAACACCUUCACCCGGGACAGGUCGCAGGAGCAGUGAUGACGUUUACCUGCACACCGUCAUCCCUGCCGUAGUGGUAGCAGCCUUACUGCUCAUAGCUGGGAUCAUUGCAAUGGUCUGCUACCGCAAGAAGCGCAAGGGGAAGAUGACUACAGAAGAGCAGGCCACUUUCAUCAAGAAAGGAGUUCCCAUAAUAUUCGCAGAUGAGUUGGAUGAUUCCAAGUCACCCCCGUCCUCCAGUAUCCCUCUUAUCCUCCAGGAGGAAAAGCCUCCACUUCCUCCUCCAGAGUACCCUAAUAUGGCCGGCCCCCACAGUACCUUGCUUAAUCAGGAUCUGCUUGAGGAGUAUUCGGUUUAUCAAGAUGAUGAUCCUAAUGCUCCACCUUACCAGCCCCCUCCCCCAUUUACUGUCCCCAUUGAGGGCAAAGGCUCUCGCCCUAAGAACAUGACCGCAUACAGGUCACCACCUCCCUACGUGCCUCCCUAACGCACACUGGAGCUUUCAAUUUGGAAAGCAGGUGCACUCUAGGGAUGCUUGUCGAAAACUAGUACAGGAAUAAUUUUACAUGUGUUCGAUGAAAUGGCUUUGACUUUGUAGAGGAACAGGCAACCAUACUUAUAUCUGACCAUCAUGGAUAAGAUGCUGUAUCGUACACUUCUACUGGCACAGGAUAAAUGGAUGGAGAAGAGUUUGUGAUUCCAGCACUUUUUUUUUGUCCUUCAGAUCUGCUUUUGACUUCUUGCAUAUUCUUUUUCUGUCUGUUUUUGCCAAGAGGAGUCAAUUUUAUCUUCAAUGAUGUACUAUUUCUAUUGUAUAGAAAAUAAUAAAGAAGCAGGAAAGACUGAAGCCCACGGGGCCUUUGAGCAGAUGUCACCAUGACAACAGACUUGAGGCUCUCCCUUACAAUGUUAAUCUUUAUGAGUUCUGCAUCACUCUUAUCUGUCCUUUGGCUAGGUUUACUAAGAUUUUGCACCUGUUAUUUCUAGAGGGGAAUGAAAUACAAAAUGCCAAAUGGAAAGCAUGAAACAUUUUAUUUACUCAAAAAAAUCUGUUUAUUUCUAAGACAUUGAUCCUUUUUUUCUGUUCUCUUCUAUGCUUUGCUCCCUCUUGACAAUAACAUGCAAACCAUGCACUUAUGCAAAUUCUUGUUAAACCUUGCACUAUGUGUCUUGCGCAGAAGCAUAAUGUGGUAGGCCAAUAAGGAUGAAGAAAAACAUUAUUUUGUAUCCUUAAACUCACCACAUGACUGAAACUCAACUGGUACUCAAUCACAAAGGACAUUACACUGAUCACACAUAAUGUAGAUGUAGCCUAAUUAAGUUACAAAACAAAUGAUUGAUAUUUUUUAUUAUUAUUAUUAUUUUUUUUUAGUUUGUUCGUUAACGUGUGCCACCGAACCCGUCUGUGUGAUGAAUGGUUCUUGCUGUUGCCAAGGUGAUGUCUGUGGUCAGAAGGCAUACCUUGCGGGGUUGCUACAACAAUAACAAAGGGGCCAUUGGUAUGCUGUGGUUCACAGCAGGGUGGGAAUUGAUGACAUAGUGAGGUGGAUCCACGGUCUUUUAUUCAGUUUUAUUGGUGUGAGGGGCGGGUGGGCUUAGACUACUGUAUUAUCACUGCUCUGCCUCUAGGUAUUGCACUCUGCUGGUUUGUGCACUUCCUGUUGUCAGUACAGAUGAGGCAUGGGGACAAGGGGGAUGUACAUAAUUGUGUGCCUGUGAAAUUAAAACAACUCCAUAAUGUUAGUGUUUUAUCAGUAAACCUAGUUGGGGAAAGGGAGGGCCAGAGUGGGGAAAUGAUUUUAUUUUUUAUUGUAUGUCUAGAUUUAUGAUCACAAUCAUGAAAAAUACAAAUCUAUAGUUUGUGAGGGUAUAAAAGGCAGUUUAUGUGCCCGACACAAAAAACAAGCAUUAUCUCAAUAUGAUGGCGGAACCAAGAUACCACAAUAUGUGAAUUAUGUACAUUUCAUAUCUGAUAUCACCAUAAGAAAAAAUGGUUAAAAAUCUAAUGUUUUUACUGAGUUUUUGAUACAGUCUUAAACUUGUUUUAUGAAAAUAUAUUAAUAAAAUGUAAUACUAUUUGUAAAGCCUCAAA